AUGAAAGCAAACUUGGAUCUUUCGAAGCAACCUGUGAAGCGAACGACCAUAGCCGAGUUAGACACCAGUGCGACGAGGCCCAAUCCUCAACAGUUAUCGACUGCCAACACCCACAACCGGAGUCUCCUCUACACGGCUGAGAAUACUGGCAACCCUCUUUCCACCGGAAACACCCUGACAGACGAACAGCGCGCUGAUUUUUCGGACAUGAUAAAGGGUCUAAAAGAAGCUUCCCAUCCCGCCCCACCUGCAGCAUGCGUUAUCGCUGAAGCAACGGUAAAACGCUUCAAAUACCUCUUCGAGACGGUCCCAACCGACGCUCUGAAAUGGUGGCCUGAGAUAUUCGUGCUCGGAGAAUUGGCCGUGAGAGUAAGGGGCAUCUCUCAUCGCAAUCCUGGUCUGCUGGACUCUGGAGUUCUACCACAAGAGGUAGUCCGUGCCUUCCACGAACUUACGGAGAUACAACUCGCAAGCUCUGCGCGGGCUGAAGACAUUCUGCACGAACUGAAAGAAGUCUUUCCUACGAAUCUUUCCUUUGACUCCGUUAUGACCACUGAAAUGGAACAGUCCGGUUCCUCUUCCCUUUCCUCCCCGCAUUCCCUUCCUGAUGUCGUUUCUAAAGCUCCGAUUUAA